UUUAUGCUAUCAUAAACUCUCUUUCUCCUCCUCUAGUAGACAAAACACAAACAACUUUCAGAAACCAUAAAGAAAAGAACAAAAAAAGUGGCAAUUUUAAAAAUCAUGAGAAAAUCUGAUCAUGUGAAGCCGCACACGGCUUUUUCCGGCGUUUUUCCGAUUGUUUUCUUGCUUAUCUUAUCAGCGGCGGAGCUAGCGGCGGGUCAAGGACAGCCCGAUCAGAGAACUGAAGUGUAUAACUACGGCAGGUUAAGUCCAGCCAUGGCCGUGAUCGUCGUGAUCUUGAUCGCUGCUCUUUUCUUCAUGGGCUUCUUCUCCAUCUACUUCCGCCACUGCUCCGGCGUUCCCGACGCCGGCGUCUCUCCAGCCGGCGGAGCAAGAUCCAGAGGAAUCGUCAACGCGGCGGCGCGUGGACUCGACGCCUCGGUGGUGGAGACUUUCCCGACUUUCUUGUACUCUGAUGUGAAGACGCAGAAGCUCGGGAAAGGAGAGUUGGAGUGCGCGAUUUGUUUGAACGAAUUCGAAGACGACGAAACGCUGCGUUUGCUUCCCAAAUGCGAUCACGUCUUUCACCCUCACUGCAUCGGCGCCUGGCUCGAGGCUCACGUGACUUGCCCUGUUUGCAGAGCGAAUCUCGCCGAGCAAGUAGCUGAAGGCGAAUCGGUCGAACCGGGAAGAACCGAAACUGAUCUUGAAUUGCAGCAGGUGGUGGUUAAUCCUGAACCGGUGGUUGCAGCUCCGGUACCGGAGCGAUCGGAGACGGCAGAAAUCGAUUCGAGGAGAUUACCUGGAGUGCCGGUGGAUCUUAAACGAGUCAAGUUCUCGAGAUCGCACACGACGGGGCAUUCGGUGGUUCAACCGGGAGAGUGUACCGAACGCUUUACUCUCCGGUUACCGGAAGAUGUGAGGAAGAGGAUCAUGGCGAAUUGGAAACUAAACCGGUCGAAUAGUCUUCUGGUUCUUCCUAGGGGAGGGAGUUCGAGGAGAGGUAAACCGAUUGACCGGUCAAGGGCUCGGUCUGAUCGAUGGUUGUUCCGUAAGACACCGUCGUUUCUGUGGAGGAGUCGAGAUGAUGGUUCCAUUAGGCUAGGUGCUACCGGUAGUGUUCGAGCCAACGCUGUACAGAAUUCAACCGGCGAUUCGGUACGAUCAGACCGGUGGGCUUUUCUUAGAAACGCGUCGUUUCUUUGGAGGAACUCGUCGGUACGAGGAGGAGUCAAUAAGGACGGCGAAGGAACUUCGGUUAAAUCAACCGGUACUGGUGGCUCAACGAGCGGUUCGGUGAGAUUACCGGUUUAGUUUACUUUUCCUUUUUAGCCGUAACUACUUUUUUCUUAUCUUUUCCAUUUUUGUUUUAUUUGGGAUUGUUAAUAGAACACGCGAUACAUUUUCCUUAAUUUUUUAUUGUUAAACUUUGUAUUCUUAAAUCUCUGUAACGUAAAUAUAAAUCAAAGUCAAAUCCGAAAAA